GCUGCACAAGAUUUGAUCGGAAUCAAACUUGAGACCCACCUUGUCAAUUUCCGCACAAAUCAUGGGUGUGGUUUGUCUCCCUCCUCAAAGGGAGUUGUACUCGUCCAAAUGAGGUGUAUGAGGUGUCCUUGGAUAGCCUUUGAAGUCUAUUUUCAUAUUUGAGUGGUCUCUGUUCGAGGGGAGAGGGUUAUCUUACAAAAAUAGAGCUGGAGUGAGGGGUGGUCUGUGAACUCGAGCUGUGAGAGUGCUGAGACUGUUUGGUUGAUAUCUAGAGUUUUACCAAUCCAAUUAAGGCGUGUGAGAUACCAAAAGAAAUCUCUCAAGACGAGGAAUCCGUGAAGGUCUGGUUUGCAUCAAUCGGAGUAGAGGAAGGCUUCCAAAUCGUCCGAGCAAAACACAACCUCGCAGAAACGGAUUUAGUCUUCUAAAGAAACGAGUUAAACGGAAAACACCCAUUCUGGGGGCUGUUUUCGUAUCAACGUUGGAGGAUUGAGCUAGCACUUUGAGGAGGCUGUUUAACACCAAUAAUUAAGCAAGGAAUCAGUUCUUAAUCCACCUUGACCAAAGCUUUGACCAUUGGACCAAGAAGGGAAAGUUUAAAGCUCAAUUGAGUCUAUGAUCACACACCAAAGGAAAGUGGUUAAAUUUUAGUACUCUUCAAACAUGGGCAUGCUCAGGACUCAGGAGUACCACGAAAGUUCACAGCCCAUUAUAAUUUAUAGCCUUAUUGUGAAGCCCAACUCAUGGCUGUCCGAAAGCCCAUAGCAGCUAAACAUCCAGCAUCAAUACCAGUGACCGCUGCGGCGCUGAUAACCAGAUUUUCAGGCUGCUUUUCGCCGAGGGUCAGGGCCGAACAUAGAUGAUGAACAAGCUGAGUCAGGUAGGCGUUGAAACGCCCGUCUCCUUCCCCUUCUUCAUCCGUCUUUUCGCCCCUUUUUGUUCGAAAGCAACAUAAAACCGGGACGAUGGAGUCAUUGCCAUUUGAAUCAGCUAGCGGACUCUGUCAGGUUAAAAAACGCCCUCUUUUUGAUGAAAAUCCUGCAUAUUAUCCGACUGAUUUCUCUGGAUUUGUGCUAUUUAUAUGCAAGGAUGGCACUUGCUCUGCUCAUCUUACCACCAUUGAAGGAGACGGAGGCUGAUAGCGGAUUGCUUAAAGUGUUCAGGCUCUUCUUCCAUUUAGAUAAAGCUUCCCCUCUGCACAACUCACCAUACUUGGCUAGUCUCUACUCUUCAAGAUGAACAAUCCUCAGCAUGGUCAAAAUGAAGAGUAUGAACCAAUUGUUCCGGGAUUCGAAGUCCCGUCAUCACCCAAGUCAAGUUAUGACAAUGUGUACGACAUAAAAGAAGAUGAAGGGCGGCAUCCGCCUGAGGCUCCUCCACAACUUCUGGAACCCGUGACAAUCCGGAGAUUGACCACUGGUGAAGAGACACUUGGCAAGACGCCCAAUCCAGUGGUCCUAAACCAUCUCUUCACCAAUGUGGACGACAGAAAAUUUUCAUGGGAACCGGUGGCAGUGGCAACAACUCACCGCUGUCCAUCAAAGUAUGUGACUGUUGUGGUUUACAAACCUCCUCCUCAGUCUCGAAAGGACAGCCCCAGCAGUACCUGAAAUGCUUAUGUGUUGUAGUAAGUGGUCCGUGUAAGAGUUCAAAUACUAAGGUGUGCAGAGGAAUGAGAUUUUCAGAUUGCGGGAUAAAGAGAGAAGAGUGUUUGAAGGGAAAAUCGCAUAUAUGGUCCCUCAGUUAUCCACGAAAUUAAAAUCUUAGACCUGUAUUUCUUUUGUUGAAAGAAAUACAGGUCUGAAUUAUAUGUUUGUUUUCUGAUAAAUUUAUAAUUGCGAUGUAAACAUUAUAUAUAUAUUUAAAUCUGUUUUUCAUUUAUUUAGUUUUAUGCUUGAUCCACU